AUGGCCGGUUCUUACGAUCGUGCUCUUUCGGUCUUCAGUCCCGACGGUCACGUCUUCCAAGUCGAAUAUGCUCUUGAAGCCGUCAAAAGAGGUACCUGCGCCGUCGGUGUAAAAGGAAAAUCCAUCGCCGUCCUCGGUUGCGAAAAGCGUUCCGCCGUAAAACUCCAAGACACCCGCAUUACUCCAUCCAAAAUCGGCCUGGUAGACCAACACGUCUGUCUCGCCUUCGCCGGUCUAAACGCCGACGCAAGAAUCCUCAUCGAUAAAGCCCGUGUUGAAGCUCAAUCCCACAGGUUGACGGUCGAGGAUCCGGUUACUAUUGAGUAUAUUACCAAAUAUGUCGCCGGUGUGCAGCAGAAGUAUACGCAGAGCGGAGGUGUUAGACCGUUUGGAAUCAGUACUUUGAUUAUUGGAUUUGAUCCGAAGGAUGAGACGCCGAGGUUAUAUCAGACUGAGCCUUCGGGUAUCUAUUCAGCUUGGAAAGCGAAUGCUAUCGGACGAUCGAGCAAGACCGUACGAGAGUUCCUGGAAAGGAACUUCAAGGAGGAAAUGGACCGCGAAGAGACGAUCAAGCUUACAGUCAAGUCACUACUAGAGGUAGUACAAACCGGUGCCAAGAACAUCGAAAUCGCGAUCAUGGCACCGGGUAAGAAGAUUGAGUACCUAGAAGCCGAAAAGAUAGAAAGCUACGUUAAGGAUAUUGAGGCCGAAAAGGCCGCCGAGGCAGCCAAGAAGAAGGGAGGACGGGGUGGUGCAUCCGCGUCCGCUGCUACAGGUACUAGCACACCAAGCGGCGGUGUUACGGGAUCGUAG